AUGACCGGCGAACUGCGGAGCAUCGACAGCAUCGUCAGAGAGCGGGCAGCGCUGCCAGCAGUCCAGGAGCUUGAACAGAACAGCAAUUGCCAGGCGAUCGAUAUCAGGCAGGCGAAGCAGCAGCUCGGCGAAUUCGCCAACCACUUCGGGUACACCAACCUCAACCGCGUCCCGCCACUGCUGUUCGCAUGGAAAGCCAACAGCGACCUCUCCCAGCAGCUCCAGCAGACGACCAUUCCUGCCGCCCGACAGCCAGGCAGGUUUAGCGUGCCCAUGGUGACAAUGGUAGACUACAUUAACGAGAACGUGGCAGGACACCCGGGCGUGAUCCAUGGCGGCAUGACGGCAACGCUGGCGACUUCACUGAUGGGGCUGGCGGCGGCACUCAACUUCUCAGGCCAGGACGUAGUAGUGUCGACGAUGAAGAUGGACUACCGGAAGCCGGUUUUCACAGCCAGCUUUGUCAAAGUGCACGCAUGGCUGUAUGGUGCCAGCAAGGGGACAGCCAGCGCAGCCGUGCGCCUCUAUGACCUCCAGAAUCAGCUCCUGUACGAGGCAGUGUCUGAUCUGAAGAUAUCGGGGGAGGGCGUGGGGAACUGA